AUGGCCGAGCUCCUGCCCCUCCCCGCCGCGUUCAAGAUCCCCGAGAUCAGCCGCUUCAUCAACCGUGCCAACCAGCUGCGCGCCGUCAAGCCCGCCGUUGCCUACUGGUGCGAGUACCACGCCGUCAACCAGAUUGUCGGCAAGAGCCUGCACACGACCGAUGACGACUGCUUCAACUUUACGCGGACGCUGAUUGAGCGCCUCGAGGCGACCAAGGCCGAGCGCGCCGACGACGAUGCCAUCACCGACAACACGGCGGGGCAGGCGUACGUGGAGAUGUUUGCCCAGGAGACGUUUGAUCGCGCCGAGAGGACCAUGCGCGCCGACAAGGUGACGAGACAAACCGCCGACACGUUUGACGCCGCCGCCACCUUUUUCGACUUGACCCGGGAAUGGGGCACCCCAGAGGCGGACACGCUGCAAAAGAUCAAGUUCGCCAAGUGGAACGCCGCGCGCAUCCUCAAGGCCAUUCGUCAGGGCCUUGACCCCAACGAGUCCAAUCCAAAAGCCCCCGAGCCCGAACCCGAAGAUCCGGCCGAGGUCGAGCUUGACCCUACAUCGCAGGAGCUAGCGAGCAUCGGGCCAUCUGCGCAGCCAGUGUCUUUAGAGGAGGUCCCUGAUGCAGGCGAGCCCUUCUUCCCCUCGGUCCCUUUCACGACCGCGACCGCUGCGGACACAAGUGGCUUUCCCUCAGCAGCACCGGCUGCAACGACACCCGAGCCGCCGUUUGUCCCCUCUCCAAUCGCCACGCCACCUCCCCAGUCAGCGGAGAAUCUGCAACCUACGCCACCUACCGCGCCGAACUCCUCGAGGCAGCAGGUACCUCCUCAGCCUUCGCCUCAGUUCCCGACCAAGAUAACCCCCGAGCAUAUACCUCUGCCCGAGCCUCUUCCCGUCCAACCGAGAGAACCACCUCCACCAGCUAUGUCAUGGCCGACAGCCUCCCUACCAGCUCCUGUGACAGCCCCGAAUCCAGCGAACCCAGUGCCGACUCCUGCUGUGCAUGCACCCGCGACGAAUAUACCCCAAAAGGACCUCAACCAAGCCCAAAAGCACGCCAAAUGGGCGAUCUCAGCUCUGAACUUUGACGAUGUGCCCACGGCGGUGAAAGAAUUGCGAAACGCGCUGGCCAUGCUGGGUGCUCAGUAG